UUGAUAUUUUUUUCUUAGUCAGAUGAUGUAACCUGAAGGUUAAAGUGUUUCUUGACUCUUUAUUCAGAGACAUUGCUCCUUGUCCUUCCUCUGUUGGAUUCUCUUCUCAUCUGGUAUUAGGAAAGAUCAAAGCUUCUUCUUUCGAUUUCCUGAAACUGGGUAAACGAUGGGUAACGCGCUUACGUUUCUCUACGGAAAAUGCUGCAAACCCACUACGACGGAUGACUCUCUCGGGCCUCACGGCGUCUCCGCCGCUACCGUCGGUGUUUCAGCUCUCGCUCACGAUCUCUUCAACUUCGAGAUCACUUCUCAGGUUCCUGAAGGGCUUGGGAGGUAUGUUCAGUCGUCCAGAAAAGCUCAAGCAAACUGGUAUAGAAAGGUACUUGAGGCAUGGAAGCAAGCGAAACCUCCCCCACAGACGGCAGAUGAAGCUUCUAGGCUUGUUACUGAGAUCUUAAAAAGGAAUCAGAAAGCUGAUGUUGAGGGGCUUUUGUCUUUCUAUGGACUUCCUUUGCCUCACACUCUGGUUAUGCCUUCUACUGAAGCUCCUGUGUCGUUGCCUGAAGGGAUUCUAUUUGAAUUUCAAACGCUUCCGGUGGAUCCAAAAGCUGUGGCAGAUGGAGACACCAUCACAGUGUAUGUCAGUGCUUCAGAGCCGGUCGUGGCAUCUUCUGUGCCAAAGGAAGUUAAUCUUGCUGCGGUUCAAAGAUCAAAAGCACGCGAGAAGAGAAAUUACCCAAAAGCAGACGAACUUCACCAAAAGAUCAUCGAUUCUGGUUAUAGGGUACUAAAUAUUCAGAAUGAGGAAGUGCUUGCUCGGAAGUUCAGAAUAAGACUAAGGGGAAUAGACGCACCGGAGAGUCAAAUGCCGUUUGGAAAAGAGGCACAACAAGGUCUCCUUAAGAUUGUUCAAUGGAAAAGCUUGAAGGUGUUAGUUUAUGGAGAAGAUCAAUAUGGGCGUUGCGUAGGAGAUUUAUACUGCAAUGGGACUUUUGUACAGGAGGAAAUGCUAAAGAAAGGUCUUGCCUGGCAUUACUUAGCUUAUGAUAAGCGCAUGGUUCUCGCAAAGUGGGAAAAGGAGGCAAGGAAGAAGCGUAUUGGCUUGUGGGCUUCUUCAAACCCAGAGAAGCCAUGGGACUGGAGAAAGAACAAUAGGCGUGAGUAAACAAUUGACUCUGCUUGGAUAUAAACACAAACCAAGAAAGCAGCGUUUAAAACAAUCGAGAUUUAUGAUUAUUGAUGGGGUUUUCGAAUUCUACAAUCCCAUUCCAUUGUAAGAAGUGUGUAACUGUAAGUGGUGUGUACAUUUAUCCUACGGUUGAUGAAAGAUCAUUGAACCAAGUAGGGAAACUGAUGAAAGCAGUAAUGUUAUAAAAAUCAAAUCUCUCUCUUUUUUUUUUU